AUGCCUUCAUUAGCUUUAUCCGAUGAGAAGAAGAUGAAGAAGAAGAGCAAGACAUCUCUCGAAGCCACCACCACCACACCGGAGCAAGUCUCCAAGAAGAAAGAGAAGAAGCUGAAACUCUCUGACUCCGAUGGAGAAGAGUCAGAGAAGAAGAAGGCCAAGAGCAAGAAGAGGCGUAAGGCUUCUUCUAGUGACUCAGACUCUGAGGUGGUGGAGAGUGAUGAGAAGAAGAAGAGUAGCAAGAAGGUGAAGCUUGAGGUUGAAGUGGAGAACCCUAAUGCUGUUUCGAAGUUUAGAGUCUCGGAGCCGUUGAGGGAGAAGCUUAGGGAGAAGGGUAUUGAAGCUCUGUUCCCGAUUCAGGCGACCACUUUUGAUAUGGUUCUUGAUGGUGCUGAUCUUGUCGGAAGGGCUCGUACUGGUCAGGGUAAAACAUUGGCCUUUGUGUUGCCUAUAUUGGAGUCUUUGAUCAAUGGACCUGCGAAGAACAAAAGGAAGAAUGGAUACGGCAGGCCACCGAGCGUUUUGGUACUUUUACCAACCAGAGAAUUGGCCAAGCAGGUGUUUGCUGACUUUGAUGCAUACGGAGGAUCUCUUGGUUUAACUUCUUGCUGUGUCUAUGGAGGUGAUCCUUACCCACCUCAGCAGAAUAAACUAAAGAGAGGUGUUGACAUUGUUGUUGGUACCCCUGGUCGUAUCAAGGAUCAUAUUGAAAGGGGAAACCUUGACCUGACAUAUCUACAAUUCCGUGUUCUUGAUGAAGCUGAUGAAAUGCUGAGAAUGGGUUUCGUUGAUGAUGUUGAACUUAUCUUAGGUAAAGUGGAGGAUCCUAAGAAAGUACAGACGCUUCUCUUCAGUGCUACCUUGCCAUCAUGGGUUCAAAACAUUGCGUCUAGGUUUCUGAAACAAGACAAGAAGACUAUUGAUCUUGUUGGUAAUGAUAAGAUGAAAGCCAGUAAUAGUGUUAGACACAUUGCUCUUCCCUGCAGUAAGCAAGCCAUGUCUCGCUUGAUUCCUGACAUCAUCAGCUUAUACAGCAGUGGAGGUAGUACAAUCAUUUUCACUGAGACUAAAGACCAAGCUUCUGAGCUAUCUGGUUUGUUACCUGGUGCAAGAGCUUUACAUGGUGACAUUCAACAAGCACAGCGUGAGGUUACUCUUGCUGGAUUUAGAAAGGGAAAGUUCUCUACACUUGUUGCUACAAACGUUGCUGCUCGUGGUCUAGAUAUCAAUGAUGUUCAGUUGAUUAUCCAGUGUGAGCCUCCACGUGAUGUUGAAGACUACAUCCAUCGUUCAGGCCGAACAGGAAGAGCUGGCAACACUGGAGUUGCGGUUAUGUUGUAUGAUUCUAGAAAGUGUGGUGUGUCAAAGAUUGAAAAACAAGCUGGGAUCAAGUUUGAGCAUGUCUCUGCUCCACAGCCUAAUGAUAUCGCCAAAGCUGUUGGUAUGGAAGCUGCUGAGAAGAUCACACAAGUGUGUGACACUGUGGUUCCUGCGUUUAUGGCUGCUGCUAAGGAGUUGUUAGAGAGUUCUGGUGUGUCUGCAGAAGUGCUCCUUGCAAAAGCUCUUGCAAAAACAGCGGUUAGUUUUGUUUUAAAUCUCUUUUGUUUUGUCUCAAAAGGAAAGUACUAA